AUGUCGGUGGCGGGGCUGGAGAAGCAGUUCCACAAAGCCAGCCAGCUGUUUAGUGAAAAAAUAAGUGGCGUUGAAGGAACGAAACUAGAUGAUGAAUUUCUUGACCUGGAAAGGAAAAUAGACGUUACCAAUAAAGCUGUUGCAGAAAUUCUUUCAAAAGCCACAGAAUAUCUUCAGCCAAAUCCAGCAUACAGAGUUAAGCUAGGAUUGCUGAACACUGUGUCGAAGAUCCGAGGACAGGUGAAAACCACUGGGUACCCACAGACGGAAGGCUUGCUCGGCGACUGCAUGCUGAAAUACGGGAAGGAGCUCGGGGAAGGCUCCACUUUUGGCAAUGCAUUGAUAGAAGUUGGCGAAUCCAUGAAGCUAAUGGCUGAGGUGAAAGACUCUCUUGAUAUUAAUGUAAAGCAAACUUUUACUGAUCCACUUCAGUUACUACAAGACAAAGAUUUAAAAGAGAUUGGGCACCACCUGAAAAAGCUGGAAGGCCGCCGCCUGGAGUACGAUUAUAAAAAGAAGCGAGUAGGUAAGAUACCAGAUGAAGAAGUCAGACAAGCAGUAGAAAAAUUUGAAGAGUCAAAGGAGUUGGCUGAAAGAAGCAUGUUUAGUUUUUUAGAAAGUGAUGUAGAACAAGUCAGCCAGUUGGCCGUGUUUAUAGAGACAGCUUUAGACUAUCACAAACAGUCCACAGAGAUUCUGCAGGAGCUACAGAGCAAGAUACAGAUGCGAAUAUCGGCUGCAUCCAACGUCCCCAAACGAGAAUACAAGCCACGGCCCAUAAAAAGGAGUCCUAGUGAGCUCAAUGGGGUAUCCACCACCUCUUCAGCAAAGACAACAGGUUCUCACGUUCCCAUGGACCAGUCCUGCUCUCAUGGUCUCUAUGAGUUUGAGCCAGAAAACCAAGGAGAACUAGGAUUUAAAGAAGGGGAUAUCAUUACAUUAACCAAUCAGAUAGAUGAAAACUAG